CACCGAAAGGGCAGACAGCCAGCAGUUGAACUCCGCGGCGCUCUGCUUCCCCUCAAGGAGAAAGCUCCGCGCUCUGCUCGAAAGGCUCUGCCUACCUACCUACCUCUCACGCGCGAGUUCGAAUCCGGGAGCCAUGGGCGGCGGCGGCGCGGGGGCGAACGGCGGAGGGUCGGCGGCGGGGGCGCGGGUGCCGGUGCCGGUGCCGCCGGCGCGGCCGUUUCUGGACACGUUCCGGGCGAACCUCAAGGAGACCUUCUUCCCAGACGACCCGUUCCGGUCCGUGGUGCGGGAGCGCGGGGCGGCGCGGCGGACGCUGGCGGCGCUGCGCUACUUCUUCCCGUUCCUCGAGUGGGCGCCGGCCUACACGCUGGGCGCCUUCAGGGCCGACCUCGUCGCCGGCAUCACCAUCGCCAGCCUCGCCAUCCCGCAGGGCAUCAGCUACGCCAAGCUCGCCAACCUGCCGCCCAUCCUCGGCCUUUACUCGAGCUUCGUGCCGCCGCUGGUGUACGCGCUGAUGGGGAGCUCCAGGGACCUGGCCGUGGGGACCGUGGCGGUGGCGUCGCUGCUCAUCGGCUCCAUGCUCGGCAGCGAGGUGUCCCCGACGGAGAACCCGGCUCUGUACCUGCACCUCGCCUUGACUGCCACCUUCUUCGCCGGCGUCUUCCAGGCCUCGCUCGGCCUCCUCAGGUUGGGCUUCAUCGUGGACUUCCUGUCGCACGCGACGAUCGUGGGGUUCAUGGGCGGCGCGGCCACGGUGGUGUGCCUCCAGCAGCUCAAGGGCAUCCUGGGCCUCGAGCACUUCACCACCUCCACCGACGUCGUCUCCGUCAUGGACUCCGUCUUCUCCCAGACUCACCAGUGGCGGUGGGAGAGCGUCCUGCUCGGCAGCGGCUUCCUCUUCUUCCUCCUCGUCACCCGCUUCAUCAGCAAGAGGCGGCCCAAACUAUUCUGGAUAUCCGCGGCGGCGCCACUGACUUCGGUCAUCCUUGGGAGUGUCCUGGUGUACCUCACUCAUGCUGAAAACCAUGGCAUCCAAGUGAUUGGUUACCUGAAGAAGGGUCUGAACCCACCAUCAGUGACAAGCCUGCAGUUCUCGCCACCUUACAUGAUGCUCGCGCUGAAGACCGGCAUCAUCACCGGCGUCAUUGCCCUCGCUGAAGGCAUUGCAGUAGGGAGGAGCUUCGCCAUGUUCAAGAACUACAACAUUGAUGGCAACAAGGAGAUGAUCGCCAUCGGAACGAUGAACAUCGUCGGAUCAUUCACAUCCUGCUACCUCACCACCGGUCCGUUCUCGCGGUCCGCCGUGAACUACAACGCCGGGUGCAAGACGGCCAUGUCGAACGUGGUCAUGUCGCUGGCGGUGAUGCUGACGCUGCUGUUCCUGACCCCGCUGUUCCACUACACCCCGCUGGUGGUGCUGUCGGCGAUCAUCAUCUCGGCGAUGCUGGGGCUGAUCGACUACCAGGGCGCCAUCCACCUGUGGCAGGUCGACAAGGUGGACUUCUGCGUCUGCAUGGGCGCCUACCUCGGCGUCGUCUUCGGCAGCGUCGAGAUCGGCCUGGGCGUCGCGGUCUCCAUAUCCAUCCUCCGGGUGAUGCUCUUCAUCGCGCGCCCGAGGACGACGAUGCUCGGCAACGUUCCCAACACCAUGAUCUACCGGAGGAUGGACCAGUACACCACGGCGCAGACGGUGCCCGGCGUCCUGGUGCUGCGCAUCGACGCGCCCAUCUACUUCACCAACGCCAGCUACCUGCGAGAGAGGAUCUCGCGGUGGAUCGACGAGGAGGAAGAGCGCACCCAGGGAAAGGGCGAGAUGGGCGUGCAGUACGUUGUCCUUGACAUGGGUGCCGUCGGUAGCAUCGACACUAGCGGGACAAGCAUGCUGGAUGAGCUCAAGAAGACCUUGGAACGAAGGGGCAUGCAGAUCGUGCUGGCGAACCCUGGCAGCGAGAUCAUGAAGAAGCUGGACAGCUCCAAGGUCCUCGAGCUGAUCGGGCACGAGUGGAUCUUCCCGACGGUGGGGGAGGCCGUGUCGUCGUGCGACUACGUGCUGCACUCGCACAAGCCCGGCGUGGUCAUGGACAGUGCGGCAGCCCACGAGAGCAUGGUCUGAACGGAGGACGACACGGUGUGUGCAAAAUGUAAUAGCUAGUUGAGUGAGUCUGACGACACGAUCGAGUUGUCAACAAGCAAAGCCGAGAUAUAAAUAUGGACACCAGCAUCAUAUCUCGAGUAUUGUACACUGGUGCAUUGCCAAGGAAACCACAGAAAUCCAAUCAAAUCCGGCCUGCGCAGAUGCAAAUAUGCAACGCUCUGGCUGGUCUCUGGAGGAAUUUGAACUCAAAAUCA